ACGUGGUAGAGUUCCGUCAGUGUAGAGGUGUCUGACAGCCAGCGUACGCGGGCCAGCAGCUUCCUCGGCCGGCCGAGAAAUCCGACAGGGCUCGGUACGAGAGCCGGAGCACAGGGGAGGGUGGACCAGGAGCAGAGAAAAAAAACAAGAAGGGGGCGGACUGGAAAAACAGAAGCAGGGACGUUGAAGGUAGACUAGUUUCUUGUUUAUUUUUCUCCUCCUCCAGGACUUGGGGAGAUGCAAUAUAUAUAUUUUUUGCUUUAAAUUCUGUUUUCUUGCUUGGUUCCUUGCGCUUCAACUCUACACCAAGCCUGGUACCAGCCGCUGCUCCGUCGCCGCUGCGCUCUUAUCCUUCCAGCGGACCGGGCUACGGGUAACGAUGCGGGGAUGUUUUGGUGUUUUCUCUUCCCAUCUCUGCAUUGAAUAACACAUCUGGGGUGCGGGAUAAACUUGGAUAAGAUCGGGAAACAACCGUGAAGCGAAAGAUAUAUAUAUAUAUAUUUGUCUGAGGCUGCUUUGCACGGACACAAGGAGCCAGGGAGGAGGAGAAGAAGAGGAGGAGGAGGCGCAGCAGCAGGAGAACCAAAAAACCCGCAGAUUAGAGAGAGCAAACACAGAGGAGGUGACCCUUAUCAUAUCCUGAAGGAGACGAGACAUAGAGCAUGACCCUGUGUUUGUCCACAGUGCCAAAGAAGAGCCAGGGAGAAACCUCCCUGGCCAUAGACUCGCCGCCUUCCUAGCUCCACCAGGAGCCCUUUUAACCCUGCUUUAAGCUGCACUGGGGGACUCAAACGUUCCUCUGACUCCACCAGGAGGCUCACUCCGACCCGUCUGCCAGCUCAGAUAACCCUCUGGAUUGUUGGCAACCACAUGUUUGAGGUGACUGUAUGUGACCGCCGCUGUCGCCCAUUCUCGAGCAGCAGCAGCCUCCUGCGACCCCGAUCUGCACCAUGCAGUGGAGACGGCGGCACUGCUGUCCCAUCAAGAUGACCUGGACCAUCAAGCGGUCGCUCUUUCGGACCCAUGUGGCCGGCCUCCUCUCGCUGGCUCUGCUGUUCACCCUCUUCCUAUUUUUCAGCCACCAGGACUGGCUGCCGGGGCGCAGUGGGCCUAGAGAAAACCCACUGGCCUACACUGUCAGGGGCCUCCGCACUCCCAAGGGAGAAGCCAACCAGAGCAGCUCCCUGAGGGGCAUGUGGAAGGAGAUUGGGUAUAUAGCUCCAAAGCCUCUGCUCAACCUCAGCUCUCAGCAGGCAGAGGGGGCGGCUGGAGAGGCCGGAGGAGGAGGAAUAGGUGGAGGAGGAGGAGGAGGAGCCAGGAUGGGUGUAAUGGGGCUGGAGGACUCUAUGAGCACUAAUAACAGUUUACAGAAGGAAAUGGGCGUAGGAGGGAGGCUUAGUGCUCAGCCUUACCGAUACAUCCUAAAUGAGCCCUCCAAGUGCAAGGGUAGCACCCCGUUCCUCAUCCUACUCAUUGCUGCAGAACCAAGACAAGCUGAUGCCCGCAACGCAAUUCGCCAGACGUGGGGAAAUGAGAGCGUUGCGAUGGGCCUGGGGUUCGUCCGUCUUUUUCUGCUAGGCACGGGAAAGAGCUCGGACACCUACCUCCAGAGCAGCAUAGAGGAAGAGAGCCGAGUUUACCACGAUAUCAUCCAACAGGACUAUCAGGACACUUACUACAACCUGACCAUCAAAACCCUCAUGGGCAUGAACUGGGUGGCCACCUAUUGCCCACAUGCCUCCUACGUGAUGAAGACAGACAGUGAUAUGUUUGUCAAUACAGAGUAUCUCAUCCAGAAGCUGCUGAAACCGGAGAUGCCUCCCAAGCAGAAGUACUUCACAGGCUAUCUGAUGAGAGGCUAUGCACCAAACCGAAACAAGGACAGUAAGUGGUACAUGCCGCCCGAGCUGUAUCCAAGCGAGCGCUACCCAAUAUUCUGCUCAGGCACGGGGUAUGUGUUCUCAGGGGACAUGGCCAAGCUGAUCUAUCAGGCCUCACUCAGCAUACGCAGGCUGCACCUGGAGGACGUUUACGUGGGAAUCUGCCUGGCCAAACUGCGCAUCGACCCAGCACCCCCUCCCAACGAGUUCCUCUUCAACCACUGGCGGGUGUCUUACUCCAGUUGUAAGUACAGCCACCUGAUCACAUCCCAUCAAUUUCAGCCCAACGAACUCAUCAAGUACUGGAACCACUUGCAGAGCUACAAGCACAAUGCCUGUAUCAACAUCACCAAGGAGAAGAACGGCAGGUAUAAACACAGAAAGUUCCACGGAGAGAGGCCUCCAUGAUGGAUCCUGUGACUACAACCCGCCUCAAAAAGCAGGGAGAUAAUGGGUGCACUGUAACUACCGCCGGUGGAGGGCAUGUUGAACUCAGCACUAUACACUGUAUGGGGAAAAGCACAUUGUUUUUGUUAUUGUGUACAGUCGAUGAUUCAAACUAUUUUUUUAAUUUACAAAAAAUGUUAAGUAUUGUAAACCUAUCAAGCUAUUUCUAAACGGGAGAAUGGGGAACAUGUCUGCGUGAUGUGGAGCAUGCACAAAAGAAAAGCUGCAGCUCAAGAGUGGCGUUAAUGAUAAUUCAGGUGCCAACAGAACGGUGGUAUUUCAUGUUCUCCUCUAAUGGGUAGUACAGUAUGUCACACUCAACAAAUGCUUACAAAAAUAAAAAUAUAUAUAUAAAAAAAAUAAUAAUAAGACACAAUUGUGUUUACACAGACAAAGGGAAAUGUACAUUUAAUAUGUCGCGAAAUUACACUACCUAAAUAUGAAUGAAUGAUAUGAAUCUCUGAUGUUGACCAGUUAUGCUGCCCUGUUUCUCAGUGUUUACUUUACAGAUCUAUCAAAGAACACGAAAGACGUUUAUCAGUCAUAAACUGUGUUUUAUUUUUUAAAGAAAAUCUACAUGAAAGCACCCAGAAUCACAUCAGAGAUGACUGAGAUUGUAUUUUUUAAAGCUUUACAUUGAGUAUGACUCUGCACUUGAAAAAAAAAUGUGCAAUGAAUCAAUUAAUUAAAUGUACUGGAUUCAC